UCUAGGCAAUUUCUCAGCAAUUCCAUGUGCUCCAAUUCUCUCCAGUUUGAGCUAAUCUCUACGACCAACAAAGUCUUUCAAUGGCGACUUUAAAUCAGAAGUUGAAAAUGGAUAGCGUAUAAAAAAAUCUUCCAGACGAUUUACACCUCCUUGUCUUCUUCUUCGAGUCUGCAAAAGUACUCCAAAAGGGGCAAAUUCAUUUCCUAAUCCCUAAACCAAUCUCGAUCCUCUUCACUGGUACACGCGCAUGUCGUAGAGUUUUUUCCUUUGCCUGUAUAUGAUUUGAGUACUCAGAUGAAUAACAAUUCGAAGCCGCAGUACAUGGACAAGCAGAUCAUGGAUCUCUCCGAUUCCCAGAGCCCUAUCACUGCUCACAUCAACAGCGCCGGCGGCAACAAUGACUUCAUCGAUUUCAUGAAUCGGCCUGCAGAGAAGAAGGACGACAUCGUCCCCAGCUACGAUUUCGUGCCGAUUAGACCAUCUUUGGGAUCAUCAUCGCCGACGGCCGGACGUUCGUCCAAUUUGGGUUCCGGAAACGACGAUGCGCCGAUGAGGACUUGGAAUUCUGUGGAUUCCAAAAUCGGCGCUUCUCCUGUCCGAACUUACAGUUCUCCUGUUGCUGAUGAACCUGCUAACUUCGUUUCGGGGAGAAAUCACAACUCCAGUGAUGUGUCCUUGGAUGUGUCGUUAGUUUCUGAAAUUGACAGGACAAUGAAGAAGCAUAUGGACAAUCUAAUUCAUGCCGUCGACAAAAUGAGUGCACGUUUAACACAAUUGGAAACAAGGACUCGCAAUAUUGAAAAUUCCGUUGAUGAUCUAAAGGUUAUUAUUGAGAACAACCAUGGCAGGUCUGAUGGAAAAAUGAGGUCGUUGGAGAAUGUUCUUACAGAGGUGCAGACAGGCGUACAGUUCAUAAAGGACAAACAGGAAAUCAUCGAAGCUGAGCUGAAGAUUGCCAAGCUGCAAAUUCCCAAAACUGAACAAAUCGAAAACAAGAACUCACCAAACCCCGUUCCUUCCCAUACCGGUAUACCCACCCACCAGCAGUUUCCAAACCCUUCCUUAACACAGCCUCCACCACCAACCCUCCCUCCGCUCAAUGCCCCUGCACCACCCCCACAGCACAACGUACAACCUCAAAUGCAGCAGCAGCAGCUUCCCAACCAGUUCCCUCAGAACCAAUCCCUCCCAGUACCUCAUCAAGAGCCUUACAACCCUUCACCCCCUCAAAACCCCGAAAAUCCUAGUCAGCAGUACCAAACUCCUCCUCCACCCCCACCGCCACCUCAGCACCAAUAUCAGCCGCCGCCACCUCAGCCACAGUAUUCUCAGCCUUACUCUCAGCCGCCACCUUCACAACCCCACCCCUCAUUCUUGACCUCCCCUCAACAAUCCAUCGGUCAUCAUCUAGAAGAAACACCUUAUAAUAUUCCUUCUCAGGCUUACUCGUCGGGCAUUCGCCCGCCAUCUGGCGCUUCUCCUCCUCCCCAGUCCCAACAGUACUACGGGCCCAACCCAAAUGUGUACGAGCCUCCGUCAAGCAAAAUUGGGCCGGGCCCUGGAUAUUCUGGUUCUUUCGGCCCACCGCCAUCAGGUCACGGUGAGCCGUACCCAUACAGUGGCUCCCCUGUUAAGUCUCAGCAAAUUUCGUCUCAUGGUAUGGGGCAGAGCGGAUAUCCACAGCUUCCAACUGCUCGAAUAUUGCCUCAAGCACUGCCCACAGCCACUGCAGUUGGUGGUGGGCCCGGGCCUGGGACGGGCUCGGGGUCUGGUAAUAGGGUCCCCAUUGACGAUGUUGUGGAUAGAGUCACAAAUAUGGGAUUUUCGAGGGAGCAAGUGAGGGCAACUGUACGGAAGUUGACAGAAAAUGGACAGGCGGUCGAUUUGAAUGUGGUGCUGGACAAGUUGAUGAAUGAAGGUGAUGGCCAAGCUCCGAGAGUUAAUGGGGCGAGCUCGUCUUGGCUCGGCUCGAUAAGAGUCGUUAAGAGAGAGAAAGCUGUCGUGUAUAACAUAGAGAAUAGCCGCUCAACGCUGAAUAAUUUUGGUCUGGUGUUAAUUGGUGAAGGAGAUGUAUGCGAUGCAUAUCUUCAAGUAGAAGAAGAACGAACAGGAAUCAAAACCUCAGCGGAAUACCAAUUUAUGAGGGGUUUUGUGAGGUUCCGGAAGAGUGUGCCUGUGAGUGGAGGGAUACCUAAUUCAGCUUGCUUCUGUUGUCUCUGUGAUUGUUUAUGGAUUAUAUGCACAUUUAGUGUAAUUCUACUUGAGCAUUCAGCUGAGAGUUUAAUGUCCAAGUGCCCUCUGGCAGAGGAAAAUGUGAUCCAUUCCAAACAAACUUCUGUUUCCUGCAUUGAUUUCGCUUGGUUCUCGACGGGGUUCUUCCGCUUCUGGAUCUAUCCUAGAAUGCAUUUCAUGGAGCUCAAAGUUUCUCUUGAAAAACCAGGAUUUUCAUCUUCUGAUGCAGCCAGUGAUCCCGAAGAUAAAGAAAUCAGUGAAGGUGAGGAUGAGGAUGAUGACCGUAAUCACAAACACCGUAGGCGGGAGGCUCGUUCACAUUCACUGGUAGAGGACUCUGUCGAUCAGGGCUUAACUAGACCGUAUAGGAAAAGAAACAGGUCUUUUGAGAAUGGUUUUUCAUACAGGGACGGUGACCGACAAGCAGGUGAAUCCUGGAGGAACUAUGAUAGUGCUUCAGAUAGAGACUUCCCCUCAAGGUUUGAGAAGAGGCGUCAGAACAAGACCCCUUUCUCCAAAUCUCCCCUAGAAUUGCAACGAAGAAUUGGGGGAAACCAAGUACUGCCAAGUGAAGUUGGGCUUGUUAGGGGCAGGGGAAGGGAGCCUAUUUCCUGGGGCAUACAUGACUCAAGGCUUGGUUUGGUUGAUUUUUCAUCUCAAGUUGUUCAACCUGGGUAUGUGCCACCUGCUUUGUAUGCUGGGAGGGGCUUUCCCAGUGUUUCCAACACACCAAGUACUUCUUGGAAUGCAUUCGGAUUGGUUCCAGGUAUACGAAAUGGGGGGCUUGACCCAAUUCACCCCUUAGGUCUGCCAGGGGCACUUAGACCGGCUAUUAAUCCUCCAAUGAACCUUGGAAUUCCAAGGCAACGAUGUAGAGAUUUUGAAGAACGUGGUUUUUGCCUAAGAGGGGACAUGUGCCCAAUGGAACAUGGAGUUAAUCGUAUUGUUGUUGAUGAUGUUCAGAGCCUUUCACAGUUCAAUCUCCCUGUUGCUCUUCCCGGCUCUCAGCUUCUAGGAAAAUCUCCCGGGCAAGGAGCUUUGCCUACAAAUAAUAAAAGUUCUCAUGCAAAAGAUAUCAAGCCCAGAAUGAGCGAAAAUGUUUUUGGACCAAACGGUGGUGCUGUGGGAGGUUCUACAGCAGGAGCAUCUGAUGUGUAUGAUCCAGAUCAACCUUUAUGGACGAAUAAUGACCCAGAAACAUCUGCAGCACUCCAUGCCUUGAAUCAAUCAACUGCUGAUGAGACAGAAUCUUUCUUGGAUGUUGAAACAUCCGAUAAGCCAAAUAUUGAAUCAACUGAAGGAUUUAAUGAAGAGCCUUCUUUAAUAAAUGCCACCACCUCUGGGUCUCAAAUUUCAUCUAUAUGGGGAAGGGUAGGUGAUUUAAAACGUGAUUCUGAAGGAAAGGUAAAAUUUGAUUCUGUUGGAACAUCCUCCAGUUAUCUUGAACGAGGCGUCAAAAGUGCUAAAGCACUAAAUAGUGAUGUUUCUAAUCAAGGAAAGCAGAUGAAUGUUGAUGGGAAUAAUUCACUAGUCAAGGAAUCACCUCUCAAGCAACAAAGUGAUUCUGUUAACAAUAUUCAAAGACCGUCUCAGAAAGCACUCCGUACUGUAUUUGUCAGUGGCAUUCCUCUGAAAGACAAUAGACGGGAAGCUCUGCUUUCACAUUUUCAGAGAUUUGGCGAGGUAAUUGACAUAUAUACCCCUGCAAAUAGUGAACGGGCAUUUGUUCAGUUUUCUAAAAGAGAAGAAGCAGAAGCAGCUUUGAAGGCACCUGAUGCAGUGAUGGGUAAUCGCUUUAUCAAGCUUUGGUGGGCAAAUCGAGACAAUCUCCCAGAUGAUAGGAUAAGUGGUAGAGGUCCUGUUUCAGUAGUUACUAGUGGGUUGACUAACCGAGCCCCUUCCCGUCCAUUUGUUCUUGCUAAAGGACAUAAAAAUUCUCUUGUUAAAACUGCCAAAGAGGGCAACACCCAUGCUUCUGUUGCUCAACUGCCAGUCCAUAAUCACCCUAAGCCCAUGGUUGGUAAUGGACCCAGCCCCAAAGCCCCUCCACCACAACAAAAGAAGUUGGAGAAUUUUGAGCUAUUAAAAGAACUGCGGAAGAAGCAGGAGAUGCUUGACCAGAAACGAAAUGAGUUUCGAAAUAUGUUGGACAAACUCGAGAAACAAUCUGUAGGUUCCACAGAUAUCCCAAUAAGUGAUCUGAAUGCUAAAAGGCAUAAUGGCGAAACACCACCGAAUGAUGCUAAAGCUGAAACUUCUAAGUCAUCAGCAAGUGACAACUUAAAACCAGAGAAUACCACUUCAUCUGGGUCAGUUGUGUUGCAAAAAUCCACUUCAAGUGCGAAUGUACCUGCUCAGGAACCUUUGAAACCUGCCUUUCGACCACCGGCACUUUCUGGGAAACCUUUCACAGUAAACAGAUUCAAGCUGGACAAUCGCCCCACAACAUUCAGAAUAAUUUCACCAUUGCCUGCUGGCCUCGCAAAUGUUGCUGCUCUGGAGGAGCACUUCUCUGCUUACGGCGAACUGUCUUCUUUGGAGCUUGAAGAGUCACAGCAAGAUGACACCAAAGAUGCUUCAGUACCACCUAACGUUACUGCUCGGGUUUCCUUUACGACUCGUCAUUAUGCCGAGAAGGCAUUUUCGCAUGGAAAAUCCUGGCAAGGUCACAAUUUACAGUUUACAUGGCUCAAGUCUAUUGGUUCUGGCAAAGAAGGUGGUGGAUCUGUAAAGGUUUUCGAGGCUUCUGUGAUGUCGGAUGCUAAUGCUCAGGCUGGUGAAAUAAAUGCACCUGCCCAUUAUGAGAAAACUGCUGUGUUAGGAUCGGACGAAAAUGAGGACUCAAAAGACGGAGCUAAUGUGAACUCUGAUGAACAGGACAAAGACAUGAAAUUGGUUUCAGCCUCAUUGUCUGAAGAAAAGCAACUCUCUUGAAGUUAUGCUUCCACUCUGCUUGUAGAUGUACAGUGAGGUAAAACUAGUGUCAGGAUUAAAUAUAGUUGAUAUUGAUGACUGUAGCUGAAUUCUAGCUUCAGUGAUUUUUAUAUUUAGUUUUUUAUUUUUCUUCUCUCUCUUUUUGUCAUUUUUGGAUAUGUGAGGAGGUGCCUCUAGUUGUUUUAAGUGCUAAGUGCAACUUGUAAUCUGUCGUGCUCUUGGACAUAUUUUUGGGAAACAGGGAUUACAGUCUGAUAAAUUUUAAUUAAAUGAUAUAACCUUCGAUAAUUCAUUUU